AUGGCGCAGUCUUUUCUGCACUUCCAAUCGCUGGGCGUCCGCACUUGGUUGCGCUGCCCGGAAAAGCCGCAUCCCGGCCAGUUGGUCGUUAUCUGCACCUGGCUGGGGGCCUCGUCCAAGCAUAUCUGCAAGUAUGUCGAUCUGCAUCGUGCGGUCGCCCCGCAUGCGCGCAUCCUGUUGAUCGAGUCCGAAGUGGCCAUCCUGGUCAGCAGCUAUGCUCACCAACGCCGUCGGAUUCAGCCCGCCGUCCGGGCAAUUUACGACACUCUCGCCGAGGGUUCCCACGCACAUCCACCCAAGAUCCUCCUGCAUACGUUCUCCAACGGGGGCACGAACACAGCCACGCAGUUGCUGAUCACCCUGCGCGAAACCCUUCACCAGCCAUUGCCGCUGGUCGGGCUGGUGCUGGACAGCUCGCCGGCCAAAGGCACGUAUUGGAAAUCGUACGACGCCAUGGUCUUCUCGCUGCCUCCGGCCGGUCGCUUUUUCGGUUCCAUGGUGGUUCACUUUCUGCUGGUCUUGCUGUAUACGUGGAUUGCCUGUGGGAACGAGAACCCGGCUUCUUUGAUGCGGCGGACCCUGUUGGAUGAAGAGACGGUUGACCCAGGCGACGAGAUGCGUGAUGUCGGAGUUAAUGGGAAUAUUUGCUAUCUCUACUCCGAGGCAGAUAAAAUGACGGACUGGCGCGAUAUUCGCGACCAUGCGGAGGAUGCGCGGUUGAAGGGAUGGAAUGUGCAGGAGAUUCGGUUCGAUGGGAGUGGUCAUUGCGCUCAUAUGGCCCAGGAUGAGGCAAAGUACUCUGCGGCUGUUCAACGGGCAUGGGAUUGGAGUCUGCCGAAGGCUUCGAAGCUUUGAUUGGAUUUUUAUCUACUGGUAGAAGAUGCUCU